CAAUAGUAUUCAAGACUCAUUUGAGGGAUUUAUUUGAUAUUUUAAAAUCAUUUUUAAAAAAUGAAUUUUUUUCAAAAAGUGAAAGUCUAAAUUAAAAUUGGACAAAGAGAAUAUGAGUUUUGUUAUUUGAACCUUGCUACGGACAUCACAAGAAUUCAAUGUAGUGGUGACUCAACUCCACUCUACUCUACUAUCUACCAAAUCAAGUUUGGGAUCUCUGCAAUUUCAAUUCUUUCAGGUCUUUUUUUUUUGGCCGCCCCUCUCUCUCUUUAUAUAGAUCAUUUUUUUCUCCCCUUUGAUCUUCUAAUAUCUUGUUGUUUCUGCAUUUUUUAUUUAAUUUUUAAUGCUGAGCAUAAAUUUUGUAUGGUUUUUUAAUUAAUUUAAAGAAAACGUGUACAUUUGUUUUUCUUUGAUUGAUUCUUGCUUUAUGAGCUGGACGUUAUACUUGCACAUUGCAGAAAAGUUCAAAAGAAUCUCAUUUUGAUGUGUGAUUGAUCAUUGCUUCUCAAAAAUGCCCCUACCUGCUUCAAGUUGCAAUUUUUGUUUCAUUAUUGUUUGUGCACACAUUCCCUUUUUAUAAAUAUGUCAAUAUAUACACUCCCCUCCUUCUUCUUGUUCCAGGAUCAAUGCUUCAUAGUGCACAUAUAUACACAUCUCAAGAAUUGUCAAGUUUGUUCCACAGGUGGUUAAAUGUCAAAGACUCUUGCAGCAAUCAUUGGAGGUGCUGCAGGGCUAUUGGGCAUUUUACUUGUUCUUCUUAUCAUAUGCUUAUGGUUUUGUCUUCGCCGGAGCUUCUCAAGAACUUCCGAGGCCGGAUCUUCUGAUCCAUCUGGCCAAGAUGAUGGUGUUGGAAGAACAGUUGCUGCAGCAGAGCUAACCUCGCGAACUGCGAGAUGCUUCCAUCUGGAAGAGCUUUCGUCCGCAACAAAAGAUUUUAGUGAUAAGAAUUUGAUUGGGGAGGGGAAAUUCGGAGAGGUGUACAAAGGCUUGCUUCGCAAUGGAAUGCUUGUAGCCAUUAAAAGACGACCCGGUGUCCCUAGUCAAGAAUUCAUUGAUGAGGUCCGGUAUUUAUCGUCCAUUCAACAUCGGAAUCUAGUCACGCUGUUGGGUUACUGUCAGGAAAACAAGCAACAGAUGCUCGUGUACGAUUACGUACCUAAUGGGAGUGUAUCCAUCCACUUGUAUGGUUCUGCUAAUGUUUCAAAGGAGAGGCUUGAAUUCAAGCAUAGGCUUUCAAUAGCUAUCGGGGCAGCUAAAGGUGAUCAUCUGCGAAAUCAGUUUGGAGCAUCUCCACUCCCAGAGUCCUCGUUUGCUUCAUAAAGAUUUCAAGACCGCGAAUGUCCUUGUGGACGAGAACUUCAUUGCCAAGGUUGCGGAUGCGGGGGUUCGCAAUUUUCUUGGAAGGUUCGAUGCUGUGGGCCCAUCUUCUUCCAUCACGGCUGAUGAAAUCUUCCUUGCACCCGAGGUAAGAGAGUUCAGGCACUUCUCAGAGAAGAGUGACGUUUAUAGUUUCGGUCUGUUCCUUUUGGAGCUUGUAAGCGGUCGGGAAGCAGUCGAGUUAUUGUCUUCAAGCACAGACCAGAACAUAGUCGAAUGGGUAAAAAAAUAUUCUGCCAUUUCUCCCACCAAUUCAAACCAACCUGCUUUGCAUAAUAAUGGUCUAUCUUUCGCUUCACAUAAUCAAUCACAUAUAUAUACUAACUACAUCGGUUAUCAUCACCACCACAAAAUGAAUGAUUAAAAUGCUUGAGGUUUACUUGAAAGGGCAUUCUUCUUGCUCAUAUUUUUUUCUUUUUUAAAGGUGGAAAACCAUCAAGAAUCGGGGAACGUAUCGGCCAUAAUUGAUCAGAGAUUGGGAAACAGCUUCACAAAGGAAGGGAUGGAAGAGUUUAUGGGGCUGAUGGUGCGUUGCGUGGAGGCAUCAAGCGAGAGGCGGCCGGGGAUGAGUUACGUGGUGGCCGAGUUGGACCGCAUACUGGAGAAGGAGAUGAGCUUGACAACAAUGAUGGGGGAAGGAACACCAGUUGUCACCCUUGGAAGCCAGCUUUUUAGAGCUUCAAAAUAAUUUACUCACUAUUUGAAGAAGAAAGAAAAAAAAAAGAUUCUCCUCCCCCUCCACAAGAAGAAACAUUCUAAUCCUACAUAUUUCUGGCCCAGCUGUGUGUGUGAUAAUUGUAUAAAAAGAACAAAAACAGCUGUUGUCU